AUGAAACUAUCAGCGUUAUGUGUUCAUAAUAUAUCAACAAAAAAACGUAAAUCAAGAAAAAUAAAAACUUAUCAUAUAAGUAGAAAUGGUGAAAGAACAUUUUCAUAUUCUACUGAUGAUAUAAAUCGAAAUAAAUCAAAAAAUACUCGUUCUCAUCGUUUAUUUCUUGGUUCAAUACGAAUUGCUUUUGGUUUUUUAAUAGUUUUAUUAAUUAUUUUAUGUGUAAUUAGUGGUCUUCUUUAUGGUCUAGAUUUACUUAUACAAAAUUCAUGUCGAUUAGUUCAUUAUGAUCAACAAUUUCUUAUUUCAUUGAUUUCAGAUAAUUUAAUUAAAUCAAUUGAUAAUAUUGAUAUUAAUGCAACACUUAAUAAUAUAAUAAAUGAUUGUAAUAAUAAAAUACAUUUUAGUAAAAAAUUUUUGAAAGAAUUUUCUAAUGAAUUAAAUAAUGAAUUAAUUCCAAUAAUAAAAUAUUUAAAUGAAAAUAUUUAUAAACAAUUUUUAAUAUCAAUUAAAACAAUAAAUAUAUCAUCAGAAGUUAAUUUAUUGAAUAAUGUAGCUAGUUUUCUUCGUUUAAAAUAUAUUCAAAAUCGUUUAAUUCUUAUUCAUAAUGAUUUUAAUCAAAUUCAAAGAAUAUUUACACAAAUUAUUCAAUUUAACUCUCGAUUACCAAUUAAAUUUCUUAAUCAAACAUUAUAUGAAUUUGAAUUAUAUUUUGAAAAAGUAAUUGAAUCAACAAUUGAUUCAUGUCCAUUACCAAUCGAUAAUAUAUUAAAAAUAGAUAAAUUAAUUUGUCAUCAAACAGCCAAUACAAUAAAUGGUUUAUGGCUAAUCAUAUUUUUGUUUAUGUUUGCUCUUGUAUUUGGCAUUUGUAUUUUUGGUAUAUACAUCUAUAAACGAUUGAAUUAA